UAGAAAAUUGAGGUCCACUUAUAAGUCUUAUCUCCCAAUCCUGAGUUCUCAUCUGUGCUCUAAAUCAUAGAAAAUUCAAAGAAUGCUAAGAGCACACAGCAGUACAGUUUUAAUGGAGGCAACCUUGGAAUAUCAUCACUUACUAAACCAUGGAUUCAACACUCAUAAGUGUAAAAUGAUACUGAAACAUAAACCAUCUCAAUCAUUUGUUCAACCAAAUUUAGUUACCAUUGCUGAGAAUUUUUCUUCUCUUUAUCUCAAUCAAUCUAACUUAACUCGCCUGUCGAUGAAGGUAAAGAGGCCAAGAAUGGUAGAUGUUUGUGCAGUAAGAAGAAGGAGGCUGUCUCAGAAAACUGAAAAUUACGUACUACUGGAACCUGGAGAAGAUGAGAAGUUUGUAACUGAGGAGGAGCUAAAAGAUAAAUUGAAAUAUUAUCUUGAAAAUUGGCCAAAGAAAGUACUGCCUCCUGAUCUUGCAAGAUUUGAAAACAUGGAUGAUGCAGUUUGUUUCUUGAUUAGUUCAGUCUGUGAACUUGAAAUUGAUGGAGAUGUUGGUUCUGUUCAAUGGUAUGAAAUUCAAUUGGACUGACAACAUAAUUAUUUUUGAA